AUGUCGUCUUUCAAAUCCAUCUUCACCCUUUCACUUCUGCUGGCUGCUGACCUUGUGUCUGGCCAUGCGGCUAUUGUCAAUGCUGUUGGCGAUGCCGGUGGUUCUGGCAUGGCUCUCGGUAUCGAUACAUCCACUCCACGGGACGGUACACGUCGCAAUCCUUUUCAACAAGACGCCACCCGCUUCAAGGGAGAUGCCGCCGAUACAGUCGGAGAGACCCUAGCAGGUGGUGAUAACGAUGUUGAAGCCGGCACUUCAGCCAUCUUGGCCGAGACAGGUGAUGAGCUUCCUCAGGUGACUGCAGGCGGUGAAAUCACAAUGACUCUUCACCAAGUUAACGCUGACGGAGGCGGCCCAUACACUUGCGCAAUCAACGAUGACGGCACCGCGCAAACCUGGCAAAACCUCCAGGUUACAACUACUCCCCCGGGCGAGGACUCUCGCUUUAGGGACGGAGCCGCAACUGACUUUCCCAUGGUUGCCGCAAUCCCAGCUGAUCAGACAUGCACCGGGACCGUCGCCGGUCAAGACAACGUCUGUCUCGUGCGAUGCCAAAAUGACGCCAGGGCCGGUCCAUUUGGUGGAGUUGUCCCUGUUCAGCUGGCCGAUGGAGCUACUGCUGGCAACGCAACUGUUGCCCGCCGCAAGUUCGCUCGUAGCAUGACGAGAUCCAAGAGGGCAAGAUUUGGUUCUCACUUCUGA